CCAGCGGACGCUGUUGUGUUCCGCAACGCUCGCGAGUGCUCUUUUACUCGUCCACCGCAGCAGCAGCAGCUAACCCGGGCGAUGAUGACGAUGACGGCGGCAGCGGCGUUGGUGAUAAUGAUGAUGAUGAUGACGGCAGCGGUGAUGGCCGUCGUGACCGCGGCGACGGUCACCGUGGACAACGUGGCCGUGCGGUUGGGACUGCCCGAGGGCCAGGGCCUGUCGGGCGUGUGCUUGUACCGGAACGGCGCGGACAAGCGGCAGAACGUGAUGUUCAAGUCGGUGGCGUCCGCGCGGAAGAAACUCGGCGCCGGCCGCGAUUACAUGGUGGCCGGCGACCUGGCCGCGGACCGCGUGUACGAGGGCACGUUCGCGCGGCUCGCGGACGGCGACCAGGUGGCCCGGUUCGGAUGCAAGGGCGGCCAGCGGUUCGAGAUCGCCACGCCGUUCGUGGUGCCGGAACGCGACUUGGACACCAUACUGGCCGUCAAGGAGUCGAUGGAACGGCGGUUCGGCGCGCAACCGUCGCGUCAGCAACCGCACCGGACCGUCACCGAGGAACACGUGUCGGUCACGUUGCGCGGACUGCGGCCGGCCACCGCGGCCGACGGCAGCCCCGUCACCGUCGACGUGUUUCAGUUGUACAGGCGGCCCGCGGCCAACGGCGGUGGCGUGCUGUGGGACGCGAAGGCAGCCGGUACCGGGGCGGCGGUCCCGCGGUACUCGGCGUUCCCGUACGCCAGGUACUCGCUCCCGUUCCCGGUCAGCAGCCUCGUGUUGGCCGACCUACCGCCCGAUCAGAUGUUGGCCGUCAAGUUGCGCCGUGCAGCCAACGGCAACCGCACCGAGAACACCGUGUUCAUAUACACCGGCGGCCUCUAUCCCCGGGGCACGGCCAACCUGACCGACAUGCUGAUGGACGAACGCAGUGGCGGCCACGGCAGCAUCGUCGCCGAUCCGAGCCCGCCGGACAUCACGGACGCCGCGGCCACUUCGUUUCAGAUCGACGCCAAGUUGGUGCACCGCGACUCGUACGAUAUACUCAAAAAUACAGUAAAAUGCUAUACAGAUGGAAUGGUUUACAAUGGAUAUCCAUGUCGAAAUUCUGAAGUUUGUAUACCUCUAGGCUGGUUAUGUGAUAACCAAAAAGAUUGCCUUGAAGGGGAUGAUGAAUACAACUGUUACAAUUCAGGUACAAAUAAUGGGGAAAAUACUGAAGGUACUAGCAAUUUAUAUAACAAUAAUGAUAACUGGUAUUAUAAUCGUGGUACAUGUAAAAAGUAUGAAUUUCGAUGUCGAUCGCGGAGAAUGUCAGUUUGUUUACCAAAUUCUUGGUUAUGUGAUGGACGAGUAGACUGUGACGAUGAGUGGGAUGAGAAUGAGUUCAAUUGUGAUCGAACAUAUGGUGGACUAAGACCUUCUAUUGGCGACUACAAUACUCGAGAAGACCAAACAUGUUUAAAUAAAAAUAAUUUUAAAUGUUGGAAAGGAACAGGGUGUGUAUCUCUCCGUGCAGUAUGUGAUGGUAUUAAAGAUUGUUCAGAUGGAUCUGAUGAACGUAUAUGCGACAACUGGAGUUCACACUGUGAUCAGUUUACAGAAUUCAGAUGUUUGAAUAACUAUAAUACAUAUAAUGCACGUAGUUGUAUACCUCGACAAUGGGUAUGCGAUCUCCAGGACGAUUGUCCACAUGGUGAAGAUGAGUCAGUCACCAGUUGCUUAGGAAUGGAUCACCCAACAUUUAACGGUCUAGAAACUGAUAUUGAGGAUUUUUAAACAAAACUAAUUUUAAUAAAUAAAUAAUCUAUAAUCAUUAAA